AUGACAGAGACUGGCAUCUCACCCUCCGUCGAUGCCCCAAUCCAAGCACUUUCACCCAGCAAUGGCGACACCACCCCUCUCCGCACCCUCUGCGCCGACCUCCACGCCCGCAUCACCGCGUUCCUUCAGGAAGACGUCCCGACGGAAAGGCUGCGAAACGUGCAAGCACAAUGCCGGCACUCCCUCUCCAUCAUAUCCGAAGCUCUAGAAAAGUACCCCCUCGAAACACUCUCCCUCUCCUACAACGGCGGCAAAGACUGCCUCGUCCUCCUCGUCCUCUACCUCUCCCUCCUCUCAACCCACCCCUCCCUCCCCGCCGCGCUCCCCUCGAUCCUGAUCCCCCCGCCGCACCCCUUCCCCUCCGUCGACGCCUUCAUCGCCACCUCCUCGACCAAGUACCACCUCUCCCUGUCCCAAUACACAUCGCCCUCCAUGAAAGCCGCGUUCGCCGACUACCUCUCCGGCACCGGCCGGUCGAUCCGCGCAAUCAUGGUCGGCACGCGGCGCACCGAUCCGCACGGUGCGAAGCUCUCCGCGUUCGACCCGACGGACCACGGCUGGCCGGGGUUCAUGAGGGUGCACCCGGUGCUGGAAUGGCGGUAUGCGGAGGUGUGGGCGUUUUUGCGGCAUCUGGGGGUGGAGUAUUGCGGGCUGUACGAUGAAGGGUAUACGAGUCUGGGGGGCACGAAUGAUACGAGGCCGAAUCCGAAGUUGAGGGUGGUGGAAGAGGGGAGGGUGUGGUAUCGGCCUGCUUACGAGCUGGAGGCGGAUGAGGAGGAAAGGUUGGGGAGGGAGGGGUUAGGGUAG